UAAAUAUAAAAAAUAUGAAUAAUCAAUUUAAAUAAUAAUGCUAAUUAAUAGAAGAAGAAGUUAUUCCUCAAAAAACUAGAUCAUUAAGAAGAAGUAAUAGAUAAACAAAAAAUACAAAGCCUGUAUUAGAUGAUUUUUAAUAUAAAUCAGAAGAAGAAGAUGAAGAAGAAUUUUAAUAAGAAUAAAUAUACUAAACACGUUAUACAAGUAACGCUAAUAAAAUAAAAUAAGCUCCAAAGUAGAAAUAAAAUAAAUAGUAAAAUAAUAAAAAAGCAAAAAAUAAUAAGGACGAUGAAGAUUUUUAAAUAGAAUCAUAAGAAGAAUCAUCUUCUUAUUCUUAAGAAGAACACUAAAAAUUCCAACCAGAAAGUUCUAGUGAAAGUAUGCAUAUAUUUAAUGACAAUUCCCAAAAUAACGAAAAUAAUUUUGAAAAUGAUUAUAGUGAAGAAAGUAGUCAUAAUGCAAAUACUUUUAGGCAAUAUUUUAGUUUAAGAUCAGUAGAAUAAAUAUUAAAAGAAUAAGUUAAGUUAAAAUAAGAACGAAAGAAAAAGAAAAAUGAAGGAGUAAAUUAAAAUGAAAUAACAGAAGAAAAAACAAAAAUAAAUAAUAAUAAUAAAAGAACUAGAAAAGAGUUUGAGAAAUAAAAUAAAAUUGUAAAUUUAUUUAAUGUUCCUUAAUUAAAAAUAAAUCAAUGGCCUAAAUAUAUUGGCAGUAUUUAAAUUAAAGCCAAGAUUCAAUUUGAAAUUCACAAUUAUAUGAGAAAAGUAGAAUUUAUAAAAAUGAAAUAAUGGGCAGUUUCUGUUGCAUAAAAUUUAGAAAAAGGUUAAUCUUUGGAAGUUGAUUUUAGACCCAUAGAUGAAAAUAGAAAUACUAAUUUAACUUUAGGAUUAAGAGCAUCUAAAAUGCACACUAAUAUAUCACUAAAUUAAUAAACAUUUGGUAUUUUCGAACAUAAUUUUUGUGAAGUAUGGAAUUUAUUAGCACAUAAAAAUUACAUAACAAUAGAUGCUUUUUGUUUAAACCCUUAUGAAAGUUCUAAUGUGUUAGAUUAAUCAAAGGCAUUUGAUGUAAUGUUGGAUGUUUAUUUAAACUAAGAUUUUGUAAAAAAUCCUAUAUUAUUAGUAUCAAAACAUGAAGAAUUAGAUGAAAAAGUUGAAAAAGAAGAAUAAGAAGAAGAAAAAGCAAAGAGUAAAUAAAAAAGAACUAAAUAAGAUAUGACUACAUAAUAAAUAUAAUAACAUUGGGAUAUGGAUUAUAUAAGAUAUAUGAAAGAAGUAAUUCCUUUAUUUAUAAGUUUAAUGAAAUUAAAUAUAACAAUUUCUCCUUUAAUCCAAUUAAAAAAGAAAAAUUAAUUUGAACUUAUUAAAUUUUUAGCUUUGAAAAGAGCUCAUUCAACCCUCCCUCCUACCUUUGUUUUAAAAAAUGAAAAAAUGCGUGAUUACUAUAGUAAAUCGGCUCCUGAAGUUCUCCAAAAUGCCAUUCCUUUAUAUUUAUAUGACAACCUCGAAGCUUUAAGUGAUAUGGAUUUCGAAUACGGCGACAUGAAUGAAAAUACAAGAGUUUCUUUAGGUUUAGUUAAAGAAGAAGAAAAAAUAAAAGAUGAAGAAAUGAUAAAACUAAACGAAUAAUUUGUUAAUUGUAACCAGUCUAAAUAUUUUAUUUUAACUGAAACUCCAAAAACAAUGUCGUGUUAAUUAUUCGAUUAUUAAAAAUAAGGACUUUCUUGGCUUAUAUAUAGAGAAGGAAAGAUUUCGAAAAAAGAACUCUAUGCCCUCCAUAUUGAAAAAUAUGAAGAAGAUCGAGAAUUAAAUCCUUUUUUUUAAGAAGUUGAGCUUCCAGAUGGUUACAAGUUUUACCAUAAUGUAUUUUCAGGAUAUAUUUGCGAAAAUUUCGUAAAAGCAAAGCAUACUUAUGGUGGUAUUUUGGCAGAUUAAAUGGGUUUGGGCAAGACUUUGAUGAGUUUAGCUUUAAUACAUCAUGAUAUUAAAAAUUAAAGGAAUUUCUAGAAAAAAAACAAGAAAAAUGCAGGAACUUUGAUAGUAAUGCCUUUAACAAUUGAAAAUAUUUAACAUGGUUAAGAAGAUUCAAAUGAUUAAAAUGAUGAAGCUUUAAUGAAAUAUAAUUUUAAUAAUCCCAAUAAUAUUUCAGGUUCUAAAGUUAUUGAGAUUCUUAAAAUAAUAGAAUAAAUUCAUAAAAAAAAUGAAAAAGUCGUUGUUUUUACUUAGUGGAUAGGAAUGAUAAAUAUUUUAGAUCAUUAAUUAUAUACAAAAAAAAUUCCUUAUGAAAGAUUAGAUGGAACCAUUAAAAUUUCUGAAAAAGAAAGAAUAUCUAGAAAAUUUGAAAAUAAUGAAAAUAAUAAUAAUUAAACAACUGUUUUACUUGCAAGUAUUAAAACAGCUUCUCUAGGGCUUAACUUAGUAGCUGCAAAUAAUGUUAUUUUAUGCGAUCCUUGGUGGAAUCCUUCUGUUGAAGAUUAAGCAAUAGAACGAGUCCAUAGAAUCGGCUAAAAAAAAGAAGUUUUUGUUUGGAGGAUUAUUUGCGAAAAUACUAUUGAAGAAAAGGUUAUUGAAUUACAUGAUAAGAAAAAAUAAAUGAUUUAAAAAGCUUUAUCAUCUAAUGAAUUUUAAAGAAAGGAAGAUGCUAUGCAUGAUCUUGAAUUUUUAUUAAAUUGA